UGGGAAAGCUUUGAAAUUAUAAUGCAAAAUCCAGAUAAACAAAAUAAGGAGCAUCAAAUGUAUUUUAUGAACACAGCAAAAUCUGUCCCAGCGUUGCAGUGUUACUCCUGCCAGGAGCCCACCACCUCUUGGAAAUGUACGACCAUCGUUGAUUGCAAGGCGGAGGAAACCAUGUGCAAGACAACAAUGUACUCCCUCGAGGAUGUUUAUCCAUUCCUGGGCGAUUCAACCGUCACACGGUCUUGUUCCGCAAAAUGCAUCCCAUCGGACGUGGAUGGGAUUGGCACAACACGCCCAGUUGCUUGUUGCAACAUAGACCUCUGCAACUUUGAUGGUGCAGCCAGUAUCCAAAUGAGUUCCCUUCUGGUGGUAGUCUCCAUUGCCUCCUCCUUCAUCCUGCUCAGGUCCCAACUCUGAGGAAGAAGACCGAAGCUACAGAUAUUGAAGAACCUACCUGAUCAAAUCUAAUUUCGUCAAGUUUUUUCAGCUAGUUUGCACAUGGCUUUCCCUACAGUUUUGAUCCUGUUUUGAUCGUCAAGGAUGAAAUACAAUUGGACCUCCACAUUUGCGACUUCGAGGGCUUUGAUUAUUUGCGGAUUUGAUUAAUAUGUUAUUUCCAGGAAUUUCUAGGUCCUCCAGUGCGACUCUGUCAGAGGUUGACCAUAUAGUUGCAUUGGAAGACCUAAAGAAUCCUAAAUAAAAUAUUACUUCAAGCAUUUAUAGGUCCUCCAGCAUGAUUCUAUGGUUAAUUUGUGGCAGAUGUUGGCCAUAAAGUUGUGCUGGAGAACAGAGAGAUUCUUAGAAAAUUGUUCUCCCAGGUUUUUUAAAAUUUGAGGAUUUUUCACUUUCGGAGGAGUCUUGUGCCCCUAACUCCUUUGAAUGUGGAGGGCCCACUGUAAACCAGGGCAAGGCUAGGCCCUCUCAUGAAGUAGAGCAAGGUGGCUGUCUCAGGCAGCAGAUUCGAGAUGGAAUAAAAGGGCAGCAAACUAUUUGUGGUUUACUGAAUUUUAUUUUUUUGCUGGGAAGAAGUAUUUGCAGGUUUCUGUGUUUUGGCUGCCAAAAUACUUGGGCUGGCUUUAGAUACUGGGCAUCUUUAUUUGGGUGGGUAAGGCAGAACCAAUUGUUGCUUUGCCUCAGGUGGAAAGAUGUCAUGGGUCUGUCUUGUCUGAAGCAGAGCCAAAGUUACUUGCUCUAAACAGGGGCAAUCCUGUCCAUUCAGUUCUGCAAAAAUAAAAAAGGAAU